GUUCCAGCUGACAAUCGUGCCGACGACGGACAGAACGGGGCCGUGGACUCCUGCUCCGAGGAAAAGCCGUGCCUGGCGUUGUGCCUGUUCAAGUAUUAACGAAGUUUGUGUAUAUUCUCUCGGAUGAGUUUGGCGUAAUUUUGGUGCACCCUGGUGGUGAGUCAUCAGAGCUACCAUGGUUAGGAACGUAUAUCCCAAGUUUAUUGCUCGCACGGUCCUAGUGAAGGAUGGCAAGGUUGACGACGCAUUCAAGCUACUGAAUAGGAUCAUGGGCCAGGAGGGAUAUCUGGAACAAUUCCGGCGAACCAGGUUUUACGAGAAGCCAUCACAGUUUCGGCGGCGGAUCAACUUCGAGAAGUGCAAGGCGAUCUACCACGAGGACAUGGACAGAAAACUGCAGUUUCUGAUGCGCAAGAAUCGUUUGACACCGUGGGUGGGGUGUGAAUGAGUGACUGGAAGCGGCGGCGUGUAGCCCACAGUUCGUCGGAUUGGUGUGUUUUGUACGUUGUGUUUUGCUGUUGAUAUUCUGAAUGACUGAUCCAUUCUCGCUACAUCCGAAAAACACGGUUUCAAAACGGACGCUUCUAUUCAUUCAACCCGUCAAAUGCUCUAAACGAUAACAUCCUACAACAAUACAGCCUCACGAAUAGGUUCUAGUCACUAAGAUGCUGGCGGCGACUCAAUAAAACUUCGUGUAUAAGUC